AUGACAAUGGAUAAAUCAAGUCAACAUCUUAGAAAUGUUGAACGUGAAGUAGAUGAAUUAGAAAAGAAUUUUUGUGUUCGUUUAUGUUGUUCAUCAAAAACUAAAAAAUCUAAAUUAAAAAAAUCUGAAGAAUAUCAAUCCAAUGAAAAUAUCAUUCCGAUUGAACAAAAUCCUAUCUAUUCAAAUCAACAAUUUCAAAAUUUAGAUGAAAAUUUACAACGUUUACAAUAUUUUAAUACAUUAAUCGAUAAUGAAAUUCAAGAUCAAUUACAAACAUUAAGUAAUCUUAAUAAUCAAGUCAAUGUUGAUACAAAUAAAUUAACAAAAACUAAUUAUAAAAGCAAACGUUUAUUUUAA